AUGAAGUAUAAACCACAGAAGAUUGAAUUUAAUACUCCAACAGAGUUAACAAAUGUUCAAGAUAAAAACUAUACUGUAAACAUAUUCAAUCGUCCAAAGAUAUUGAAUUCUAGUAAAGAAUUAAUUAACGAUGAAGAAGAUGAAUUGCUUUACACAAUUAAAUUCGAUAAAGAAACAAACAAACCAAUCAUCUCAUUAUUACAUAGUACUGGUACAAGUGAUACUGCUCUCAUUCCGACUCUCAAAUGUUUAAUCGUUCCAAACAGAGAAAACAUGGAUAAACCCAAGAUUAUAAUUAACUCUCAUUCCAAAGAAAAACAAUUCAAAUUAAUUCUCGAUACUGGAAGUAAUGUUAGUUUAAUCAAUAAGAGGUUGAUUUCAAAAGAUAUGAAGAACCACGUUCACAAAACGAAAGCCAAGAUUAACUUCCCGCUACUAGACGUCAAAGAAGAGUUUGUUGAACAAAUCAAUAUACAAGUUAACAAUGAAAUUCAUAACUUCUUUAUUAUAGAAUUGGAUAUCAUUGAUGUACUUUUCGGUAAUGAUAUCCUUAAGGACUCUAUCAUUAACCAAAAAGAUAAAAUAAUCAAGUUGAAUAACAGUACAUACAAAAUUAAUUAUCAACAGUCGAAUCAAUUACAUUGUAAUGUAAAAGCUCCAAGAAAACAUGUUACCGUAUCCAAUGAUAAUCAGUCACAGUCACAUAAUCUACUAGAUGAUGAUGAAGAUAUCAAAGAACAAGUUACAAAGUUUGUUGAAAGCAUCCCAUCACAACUUUGUGAUAUACUGGUUAAAACUAAUCCAGAAGAAGAAGAGAUACAAGCAGUACGUGAUUUCAUUAAUGAUUCAUUCGAAGAUGUUAUAGUAGAUAAACUUCCUGAUAUUCCAGAUCAGAUUAACAAUUCCAGAAGAGAUCAAGAUGUUGAACCAACAAAGAAACAAAUCUAUUAUUCAACAGAUGAUCAUAAGAGACAUGUCGAAGAAAUGGUUCUCAAAUUUAUAGAUUUAGGUAUUAUCAAAAGAUCAGAAUCAAAUUACUCAUCUCCAAUCAUGUUAUUAAAGAAGAGAGAUUCAUGGCGUGUAGUCCACGACUAUCGUCAACUAAAUAAAGUCACUGUUAGAGACGAUCAUCCAUUCACUCCGGUUGAUAGUCUUUUAAAUCAAUGUAAAGAUUCAAAGCUUUUCUCAAAGUUUGACAUGAUUAUGGGUUAUUUCCAAGUGUUAAUUAAUCCAGAACACGCAAAGUACACCGCUUUCAUUACACAUAUUGGUAAAUUUGAAUAUACUAGAAUGCCACAAGGUUUAGUCAACUCUCCAUCCACAUUCGCCAGAUUGAUGGUCGAAAUAUUUGGAAAAAUCAAAAGUUUAUUACAAUACUUUGAUGAUCUUUUGGUUCAUUCAAAACUCGACUACAUGGUACAUUUCAUUGAAAUCAUUAGAAUGCUUCUAUAUUGUAGAAAGUACCUAUUAUUCAUUUCAAGAGAAAAGAGUGAAAUGUUAAAGACUGAAGUAGAUUUCCUUGGUUUCCACAUUCAUAAAGAUGGUAUAUCUCCAAGAGCUGCAAAGGUUAGAGCUAUCUCUGAGUUACCUGAACCAAGAAACGCCAAAGAAGCUGAAGCUGCAUUAGGUCUUUUUGGAUUCUUCAGGAGACACAUUGAAAAUUACGCUGAAAAAACCUAUCACCUUUCCAAAGAAUCAAAAGGAAAAAACAAGAAAACACUUUCUGAUGAAUCACUCAAAGAAUUCAAUAAUCUAAAGAAAGAGUUUGAAGGUGAAAAUAUUGUCGCUAUUCCAAUUGAACAAGAUAACUCCAUACCAAUAGAUAUCGAAAAGGUUAAAGCAUCAACAGACAUGCCAAUCCAUUCAGAUAAUAAUAAUCUAAACAAUGGUAGUUUUCACUUGUAUUGUGAUGUUAGUGAUAAAGCAUUAUCAGGUGUAUUAUAUCAAAUUCAAGGUAAUAAAUUCAAAGUCAUUUGGUUUCAUAGUAGAAAACUUACUGAUACUCAAAAGAGGUACAGCAUAGGUGAUAGAGAGUUCCUUUCAAUCAUUGAUUCUCUAAAGAAGUUUCAACAUUUAUUAAUUGGUAAAAAGGUUUCAAUCUACACUGAUCACCAAAAUCUUACAUAUAUUAUCAAUAAGUCAAACGAUAAACCGUUCACAAAGAGACAAGAUAAUUAUAUGAAAUAUAUUAAAGAAUUUGAUUAUGAAUUAAGACAUAUAAGUGGUAAAAAGAAUGGUAUAGCUGAUUUCUUAUCUCGUAAAUAUGAUAAUUUCCAAUGGGAUGAAUCGUUUUUAAAUAAAAUUAAGGAAGAACAAAUCAAUUCUCAAUGGCUAUUA